UUCCCGGCGACAUGUCUUCCUGUGUCCGCCGGUAUCCUCUCCAGAGUUCCUGAGCGAAUGUGAAGUAAAGCCGGAUUUUGUAUCGAAUGCAGCCUAUCAGUUCACCCCAGCUUUCAAAAAACUCGCCUUCAAUGAAUUUGACAGGAAAUUAAAAACAAGCUCAGCCAUGAGGAACCUUUUGACCAAAGCAGGCCUGUUUGGCUCGGUAUCAGUGGCCUUCGGCUCGAUUUGGUGGUCGCAGCAGAAAACCGAUUCAAACCCGGUCACUUCAAGCGCAGCCCCAAACCCAAAUGAUGCAUGCCCUGCUUCUCUGUAUGAACUCCAGCAGGUCCAGGUCUUGUUCCGUCAUGGCGCUCGGACGCCGCUCAAGUCUAUACCAGAUGUGAUGGAGGCUCAGUGGACCCCAUCGCUCCUAGAGGCCCCACCAUACACACACAUCAACUACGUGGUGACGGAUCUUAAGGGAGGACCACAGCCUCGGUCUCCUUUAGAGGACAAUUAUCGGAAAAACAUACUGAGUGGCGGCUCCUUCGCUGGUCAGCUGACCACAUUAGGCAUGCAGCAGCUGUAUGAGCUGGGUGAAACCCUGAGGAAGAAAUAUAUAGAGGAGACACCUUUCCUCAGCCCCACCUUUAGCUCAGCGGAGGUCUAUGUGCGCUCCACUAACAUUGUAAGGACUAUUGAAUCUGCCAAGUGCCUUAUAGCUGGACUCUUUAAACAAAAACAAAAAGAUAUUGUGUCCAUCCUAACAGCAGAGGCUAAAUCCGAAAUUCUCUACCCUAACUAUCACGGAUGCAAGCUGCUCAAAGUCCUCAGCGACCCCCGCUGGGCCAAGAUGUCCACUCUGCCUGGCGUCGCUGAAGACCUGCAGAGCAUCCUGAGUGCACUGGGGAUUGCUGCUCACCAGCACGUCGACUUCAUCCUCAUUAGGGAUGACAUGGUUGCCAGAGAGGCGCACGGCCUUCCCAGCCCGCUGGUUCUGAACKUCUGGAGGAAUAAGGUGGAACAGCGAGCUGUGGACAUGGUGUGCAGCCUCUACGAGCCUAACAGGAGAGAGGCGCUGCAGCUGUCGGUGGGAGCCCUCUUCCAUGUUCUGUUAGAAAACAUUGAGAAGAAACUACAGGACAACUCGGCAGAGGCGAACAGGAAGUUGUUCCUGUACUCGGCUCAUGACACCACCCUGAUCCCGUGCCUCAUGGCUUUGGAGAUCUUUGACAUGAAGUGGCCUCCGUAUGCUGCCUCCAUCACUCUGGAGCUACACAAAAGCCGGCAGACGGGCGAUGCCUUUGUGAAAGUGUCAUACAUUGGUCAGGAUCAACACAUACCAGGUUGCAGUGGAGUCUACUGCCCCCUGCAGGAGUUCAAACAGGUCCUCUCUGCAUACUCGCUAAGCUCUGAACGCUACAAUUCUCGUUGCAUAAGCACAGAACUCGCUGAACCCUGACCUUUCAAGAAACACAAAACCACUCGACUUUAAACUUUGAGUGCAACUCAGGCUCCCCUUCAUCCAAUAACCACGGUAUCACACACAAGUUAAAAACUUGAUCUUGUAACAAUAAAUCUAGUUUUAAUGAUUAUUUCAAUAAGUUUUGCAGUGUAGUGUUUACACCWAGUGCUCUCUCUAGCAGAAAUGUUGCAUUGAAUCAUUUGUACCCGCUUCAUCAUCAGUAUAAUGUUUGUAGACUUUAACCAAAGGGGUAUUUCACUAAUUAGGCGAUGUUCCAGUUGAAUGCAUUUGGGGUCGAGUUUCACAUCAUUAUACCAAAUAAGCCUUUUAUGUACAUUUCUUUUCUGCCUAGAGAAUUAUUGCAGUAUUCCCCGUCUUUCCUCUGACCUUAGAACACUUUGAGUCGGCCAUAAAAUCUAACAGUUACUGUGGCUGCAGAACUAGCCCACAUCAUCAUCCCUCCUCCAUCAUGCUCAACAGCUACUUUGAAGUAUGUUCACUUAGACGCCGUUAGAUUUUUGACAUCUACUUUGGUCUCUGAUAUAAUCUUGUGGUUCAUUCAAAUUAAAGCUACAAUUAAUUUUUUUUAUAAAAAAUAUUUUCUUGGCAAGACAAACUUACUCAGAUUUUUUUCCUGAUUGUAUUGUCCUGAAGUUUGACACUUGAAAUACUGACUGCAGCCUGUAAAGUCUGAUAUAGAGCAAUCUUUACCUUCUACAUAAUCAUGGUAGAAAUGCGCUGGGAUGUCUGCCAAGCYGUCUUGUUUUACACUUGUGAAMAUUUCUCACAUUGGAACAAUGGACUCUGUUGGUCAMUUGUUGAUGUCACUGCUGGMGUUUUCCUCCUGCACCUUUUAGUGUAUAGCUAAAUCUUAAGGCAACAGCGUUGUUGUACAUUACCCUUGUGUGUCAUCAAAGCUUUGUUCCCCAGGAUUACAGCUUUUAUUCAUCAGGGAAAUGUAUAAUGUAGAAAAACAAAAAGUGAAAUGUUACCAAAUGGCUUUACAGCUCCAGUAACAGUAUAUUGAGUGAACAUCGACUUUGAUACAUUUGACUGUUGCUGUGAAACACCUUUUAUCCAUGAGGUGAAACUUCUUGUGACAUGUUUCAGCUGUAAAUAUCGGGUUUGGAUGAACAAAAUAAAAAUAGAUUUUGUGUUGA